GCCUGGGGAAGUGUGCUAUGAAACGGGCAUCUUGCCUGCCUGGGAAAAGAUCCCCUUCCUGGUCACUCUUGGAAGAGGAGAACUCGAAAGGAUGCAGAUCACCAGCUCGCCAAUAGAACUCAUUAAAAAAGCAAGCAGAAGUCAGAAUGCUGUUUGUACACCUGCAGGAUGUUCUUACAUCUCAGAGUAGUCAGGGUAGCACCAACGAAGCGGCUCUCCUCGUUCUUGGCAGAACACUUUGCCACUGAAACAUUUCACAGCUAUUCUUCAGUACUUUGUCAAUUUCCUUCUGCUGCAGAGCUAAGAAAUAAGGCAGGGUUGGGUGAGCUGAGAGAUGUUCUCCUUCAUUCUGGGGUCUUGGGGCAGUUGUUCCUUCAUAGCUUGGUUCUGGGAAAGUCUUCCUCCAAUGGAAUUGUAGAGAGUGGAAAAGACCUCAUAGACCUCCUCUUUCCAACCGCAGCCCAUCCCACCAUGCCUGCUGAUCACAUCCCUCAGUGCCACAUCUCCUUACUUCUUGAACAUCCCCAGGAUGGUGUGAGCCCACCACCUCCCUGGGCAGCUUGUUCUAGUGCUUCCUCUGCAGAAAUUUCUCCUAAUAUCAGACCCAAACCUCCUUGUUACAACUUGAAACCAUUACCUCUCGUGCAAUCCAAUAAUCCUUUCCUAAAACCAAACCACACAAAAGCACCCUACUACAGUUGAAGUGUGGGAAGGAACUUUGAAAUGGUUGCAAGGUUCUUAAAUUAUUUUUGUUAAGAGCUGGACUUCUUAUUGGAGCCCACUGAGGUUGAAUGUGGGGACAAAUUAUAACAGGGAAAGGAAUCUUUUUAAAAGCCCUUUGAAACUGAAACUACCCAACAACAGAAGAAAUGUGCAUCCUGUGUCUGGCCAAUGGCCCUGCUGUUGCUGCUGGCUGGAUGCACUGGCUGUGGAACUGUGUCUUGUCCUGCUGCAGAGGGAGCUUUUCCCUGCCCAGGAGGAGAGCUCUGCAAAGUUGAGCUGUUCUGAGGUUUCUUGUGGCAGUGUAAAUCUUGCUUUUGAGUCCUGUGAUAGUUUUAGCUCCUCAACAGCAGAUGUCAUAACUUGCUUCAUCUGUAGGUUCUGAAGUUCUUCAGAGUUUUCUGAGGUUAUCGAGUGUAGUCUGCAUCCUUUGAGCCAUUCCAUAAUGACUUUGGUCAUUUUUUAUUAUUGCUUUUCAUCUGGAUCUUGUUAAAAUGACCUUACAGCUGAGGAACAUUUACAGCCCAUUAACAGCUUGUAGACACAGUGUGUUAAUGUGUAACUUUGUCAUGACAGAACACCCAGCAGUUCGUUGUGUGGCUUCUUGUGGAGGAAGUAGCCAGAGAAAUGGCAAUUGCUGUUUCAAGUUUAGAAGUUCCUCAGCUCUAAGCUUAGAGAUGUGACCAUUAUAGUGCGUGAUGGAAACAACUAAUUAACUUCUCUGGGGAGAACCAGAACACUGGGGAUGUAGGUGUCUUUCUGAGCAAGCUCUCACGGAAAUAACUGCUCAUGUUUUCAGUUGUCAAUCCACAGCUGCAGUUUGGAACAGCUGAUUUUGGGAGGGACUUCUGGAGGCCAUCUGGUCAGAAUGAGGAAUGUGACCAAUUUGCAUGGUGCCCUUGCCUUUGUUAAUUGGCAAUUAUUUGGCAGCCCAACUGAUUCUAAGGUGCUUGGAGCUGGAGGCAGCCUUGGGUCCCUCUGGCCCCCCACCCCAACGGAGGCACGCAGAGCAGAGCAGGGCGCCCAGCACCACAGCCAGGGGUUGGGGAGAUCCCCAAAGAGGGAUGCUUCAAAUAACCACCAGUUUUAGGAUUGUGUGACCUUUGAACAAUCAUCUGAGGUUGGAAGUGGCUUUUGGUUAUAGAUGCAUCUGCCGAAGAGGUGUUACUGCAAAUCUGUCUUCAACCUUGAUGUCUGUAGUCUAAAUGCUAAGGAAGGAAAUUGCUUUGUGUUCUACUUGCUGUCUCGUUUUAAUGAAUAUCAGCACACUGGCAACUUGAAAUUUUUUUUAAUAUUUUGUGAGCACGUUUUUACUGAUGAGCCAUUAGGGAGCUCAAAUUUUGACGAAGGAGAUUAGCACAUAAUAGAGCGACUUUCACUGCACUGCUCUUAAAAUGGCUGCAGGCCAAUUGUCCCAUUGGUGAGCUCAUUUUUAGCUUUUCUUCAGUGUCCUCUGGUCUGAGCAGGUGGCUGAGAAAUGCCCUGUGUACCUGAGAUGAGAAAGGUCCUUGAAGCAGAGACCAGAAAGAACCUCGAAGCAGUGCAUCUUCCACUUGAUUCCUUGUGACAGCAGGAAGCUGGGAAACUGGAAAAUAAUGUGCUGAAGCUAGCAAGCUAAUUUAAAUUGUAUUUUCCUGCUGCAGCUGAAAUGGAGUGGAUGAGAUGGGAAGGACAUACCUAGAGGGCUUCCAGACCUGCUCAUAGUGACCAUGCCUCACUGGUUUGUACAGCCAUCUGAUCUCUGCUAACCAUACAGCUUCUUAAAUACAAAUUGUCAGCCAAUUUUUCCAGUGGCAACCCAUUCCUGUUGUGUGAGCACCUUCACAUGCAUAUCUGAGGGAGCACCAGUGCGUUAUUACAUUGGUGGCAGCAGCUUCUGUUGUAGACUGGUCUAACAAAGCUGCUUUUCAGGAACUGCUGGUUUGUAUUUCUGGUCAGUGCUGGUUUCCACUAGGUCACACUGCACAGAGCUAGAUGCUGUGGAGGGAGGUGCCCAGCGCUAGACUGAGAGGCAGCAGACACAAACUGCUGGAUGUGAAUUCCCAUGAGAUAGGAAAAAUGCCACUCUCGAGGUGACAGACCACUAGAGCAGGGCCAGAGAAGGCUUCUCCUUUUUUGGAGCUGCUCAGAGGGGGCUGCGCAAGGCCCUGCUGUUGGAGCUGGAGGCUGGGCUCUGAUAUCUGGAAGUUCCUCCCAUCCCAGCUGCUCAAUUCCUGGUUCCCAGCCUCAUGCCCUGGAGGUGAAGUGUUUUUUGGCUUCUGUGCCCCUUGUAAGAUUGAGUCAUUGCAGUGCUUCAAAGACUUCCUAGGCUUAAUGGAAAGGCUGGAGGUAAGGGCUGCUUCUUCUGUGUGCGACUGGAGAUGCAGUGCUCCAAACGUUAGUACUAACAGCUCUCAUUUUUUUUCUCCCUUUCAUUGUACAAAUCUUGAGCUGGCUUGGAAGGCUUUGCAAAUAACUGAAAUCAUCAGCUGACAACUAUCUAGUUACUUCACAGAUUCUUUAAUCCACACUUUGAGUUUAAUCUUCAAGUGAGCUGAAACAUCUUUAGUCUACAUAGUAUAGAAGUGAUAUACUAAGUGUGUAUUGGGGAAAAUAGGACAAGGGCUUGUGCAGGUUGUGCUUUAGAGCCAUCAGGGUUGGGUUACCCCUGCAUCUCUCUGCUGUUCCCAGUUAAUUACUUCCUUUCUGAUGGAAGAUUCUGAAAUGUCCAUCAGGAUUUUACUUGACCCACUGGGGUUACUGCAUGCAAGACUUCUUACUCUCAGUUGGAACUGGGGGGAUCUUUUCCAAUGGGAAAAGGUCAUUUGCUGGAGGAAGGUGCCCUCGAGAUAGCAUCUUAGGUGCAGGAUUCUUCAGCUUUCUUCCAUCCAUUACUGCAAAAGUUCAAAAGAAGGUCUGGCAGAAAGAGAGCAAUAAAUGCUGAUACAGUAAAUUCUUGUGUGUUUUCCCUUUCGUUAAAAAGUUGGAUUUGGCUUUUUCUGGAGAAAAUAACCAACUAAUCAGCUUUUUUUAAAAGAAAAAAAACAACAAAAACUGAAAGUCACCAGAACAUUGCAUUCUGUUUGAGGCUUUCGUGUCUCCGCAGCAAAGGGGAAUUUGUAUGAAGUCCCAGCUGUAAGGUACAGGCUGAAGCUGUUUGGGGCAUUGUGAAGGCUGUGGUCAGUGUUGGGGGGAGGCAGUCUGUGGCUCUCAGGGAGCUUUUGGUGGUAUGUGUGGCCAGGGGCUAAAGUAGGUUCCCUAGAGCAGGUCGUACAGGAAAGCAUCCAGCUGGGUUUUGAGUAUCUCCACAGAAGGAGGCUCUGCCACCUCUCAGGGCAGCUUCUUCCAGAGCUCUGCUGCUCUGGAAAAUCUCUGUAAAGAGAUCCUUUCUCAUAUUUGUACAGAACUCCCUGGGUUCCAGUUUGUGCCUGUUGCCCCUUGUCCUGUUGCUGGGCACCAGCAAAAAGAGCCGCAUCCUCCUGACCCCCACCCUUCAGAUACUGAUGAUCAGAUCCCCUCUCUCCUUCUCUUCCCCAGGCUGAACAUCCCCAGGGCUCUCACCUCUUCCCAUCAGGAGAUGCUGCAGGCCCCACCAUCUCUGCAGCCCUUCACUGGGCUCUCUCCAGCAGUUUCCUGUCCUCCUUGAACUGGGGAGCCCAGCACUGGACACAGUGCUUCAGAUGUGGCCUUUCCAGGGCAGAGCAAAGGAGAGGAGCCCUUGCCCUGCUGGCUGUGCUCAGUGCAAUGUUCCCCAGGGUUCUAUUGGCCUUCUUGGCCAUUAGGGGCACAGUCAACCUUUGAUCAACUACUGGUUGAUCAGGGCACUCAGGUUCUUCACUGUAAAGCUCUUCUCCAGCAGCUCACCCCCUAACCUUACCAGUGCAUGUAGUUAUUUCUCCCCAGGUCUAGGACUUCACACUUCCCCUUGUUCCUCUUUGCCUAGCUCUCACCCUAUCCAGGUUUCACAGGAUGACAGCAUGGCCUUCUGGUGUGUCAGCCACUCCUCCCAGCUUUGUAUAAUCAGCACGCUUGCUCAGAGUGCUCUCUGUCCCUUCAUCAGUUCAUUAAUGACUAUGUUAAAAAGGAUCACACCCAGUGCUGACACCUCCUAGAACCACUCUGGGUCCAGCAAGCCCUCAGAGGGCUAUUUCUUUACUUAAUGAGCAUUUCAACAGAUGUUAAAGUAGCCACCAGUUUCUGUAGCACCCUGUAUCUGUGCAGAAGGAUGGAGGUGAGUUGGUAGGUGACAUCAAUGGCAGGUAUAGGGAAAAAUGUUCAUUUGAAAAAUAGUUUUUCAAGGGAUGCUUGUGUAGAGAGAUCACGUUUCUGUUAGCAGGGACUGCUAAAUGCAUUCAUAUGUUAGGGAAAAGCUCUGCUGUGUGACUGUUCAUAGCAUUUGUUUUGAUAAAGGUAUCAAAUCCCUGAUUAACCACAUCUUCCACUUCUGCUACUACUGCAGUCUCGGGAAGAGAGUUGUUGCUGCUUCCUUAAAAUGAAAUUACCUAUGCUUUCCCAUGAUGGCAUAUAUUCCCUAGUGCAAGGGGAAGUGCAGGGUGUAAUUGUGCAGGGAUGAAUGCUGCAGGAAUUCAGCAGGUUGGCUUUUUUUUUCUGAAAAACACUGGAGUGAGAUCUCAGAAGACAGAUAGAAGUAGGAUUUAUUUUUGGUUGGGAACAGCUGAUAGUUCUGUAGCAGAAAUGGGGGGGGCAUGCCAAAGAUUUGGAAGUCUCAAUUCUGUGUCUCAAAAACCCCAGAGGGUGGUUUUGUCUGGUUUCUUCCUUUCAGAUCAGAAAACACUAAGCCUUUCUGCAUAGGCCCUAAAGGGUGAGUGAGAGCAGCACACAAACAAGUACCUUACAUAUAGACACUGUGUUUAGGUGAGGCUGUGUCAGUGCUGUGAACUUAAAGCUUUUUGUCUGCAAACAGUAUUUAAGAAAAUCAGUGAGCUUCUGCAGGGCUUCUUGUUCUUAUUCUGGACUCAGCAGAGGAUAUUGGAAUGUCCUUGUGUUCCCAUGGGUCACAUUCAGUUGUCAUGCCAGACUUAAUAGGCCAUUAAUUAAAGCUGUAAGUAAACUCCAAAUUUGUUGUGGGCUGAAGAGCUUUUUAGCAUCCUCUGAGCCGAUCCUGCCCUAAGGGUUUACAGUGCCCUGUACUGCACUGUGGUAGAGGUGCAGGUCCAUAUAGGCACUGCCUGUGUUGCUGGAGCAAUGGUUUGGUCUUAGAAUCAUGAAGGUUGGAAGAGAUCUUGAAAAAUCAUCGAGUCCAAAUGUCAGCCCAUCCCCACCACGUCCCCAGUGCCACAUCCCCUCAGUUCUCAAACACCUCCCUGGGCAGCUGUGCCAAUGCAUCACCACUCUUUCGCUGAAUAAAUAUUUCCUAAUAGUGUCUUGCACAAAUUCACAGGAAUUUUAAGUGUUGAUGAUUUAAAAUUAACUUUCUAGCAUGAAAAGCUUCUACUCCCACCAAAAAAAGCCCUCCAAAGCCAUACUGGCAUCUCUUGUCUGGAUUUGUAGAAAAUAAACUGAGAAGCCCAACAGAUACACAUUUCUUUCUCUGCUGGUGUUGCUGAUAUAACCUAGUCUUACUGUUACUGCAGAUCUGCCCAGAACUUUUUAAAAACAAAUAAAAAUUGUUUCUGGUGGAUGGGGAGGAGGGUUCAUGUUAAUGCUUAGAAAUUGUUUUGCUGAAGUUUUUAAAGGGGUGUUUCUCUCCUUUUUUUGGGUUGCACUCCAACUCCAGAAGUGGGACUUCUCCUCUUGCAUGCCUGAAUGCUAUGUUACAUACGAACUCCCGAGGGGAAGAGGGCAUUUUCUAUAAGGUCCCAGGGCGGAUGGGAGUGUACACUCUGAAGAAGGACGUUCCGGAUGGGCUGAAGGAGCUCUCAGAUGGCUCGGAGGAAAGCAGCGACGCGCAGUCCGACUCACAGAGCUCUGAGAACAGCAGCAGCAGCAGCAGCAGUGAUGGGUGCACGAACAAGGAUGGGAAGAAAAGCAGGUGGAAAAGGAAAGUGUCAUCAAGACUGUCACAGACAUCCUCCCCUCAGACAAGCUGCCAGUCACCUUCCAUCCAGACAGGCAAAGUCAUCUCCUCAUCCCAGAAGCACAGCAAGAAGGCACUCAAACAGGCCUUGAAACAGCAGCAGCAGAAGCAGCAGCAGCAGCAAUGCAGAGCAGGCAUGCCGGUGUCCUCUAAUCAGCACGUCCUGCUGAAGGCUGUCAAGGCAGCCAGUGCCUCCACACCUACAAAACCUGCUUGGGUAGGAAAGCAGUCCGAUGGACACUCAAACAGCUCUCAGAACUCCACCUCCAGCUCCUCUGCCUCUGUUAAGCUUGACAACUCCUUGCCAGGGCUGGGGAAGAAGCCAUUCCAGAGAUCUGACAGGCUCCACGCAAGGCAGCUGAAGAGAACAAAGUGUGCUGAAAUUGACGUGGAAACUCCCGACUCCAUCCUGGUGAACACCAACCUGAGGGCACUGAUCAACAAGCACACGUUCUCUGUUCUGCCCACAGAGUGCCAGCAGCGCCUGCUGCUGCUGCUGCCAGAGGUGGACAGGCAGGUUGGGGCAGAUGGUUUGAUGAAGCUGAGUGGUUCAGCGUUGAACAAUGAGUUCUUCACUUCAGCUGCCCAGGGCUGGAAGGAGAGGUUGUCAGAAGGUGAGUUCACACCAGAAAUGCAGCUAAGAAUACGUCAAGAAAUAGAGAAGGAAAAGAAGGUUGAGCUGUGGAAGGAACAUUUUUUUGAAAGCUACUACGGCCAAAGUUCUGGAUUAAGUCCUGAAGAGUCUGAGAGACUGACAGCCAACACCAGCGCUGAUGACGUAGAGAAUGAAAAGCCAGCAGCAGAACAGCCAAAAUGCAUGCCAGUCAAAGAGAUCACUUCUCCAUUGGAGUCUAAAGCACAGGUGGUCCAGGAAGCACCCGCAGUGAGAAAAGGAGUAGAGGAAAGAAGAGGAGAGGAGAGGAGAGAAGAGAUGCAGCCCAAAGCAGCCAAACCUGUCGAGGCCUCGGUUUCCCCAGCUGGGUGUGCAGCGAAGCCCAGCAACCCCCAAAUCCAAGAGAGAAUCCAAGGAGAACCCAUCCAAGAGAAACCACAGCCUGCAGUGAGCCAGAAGCUGGAAGAAGAGAGGAAGCACGCUGCAUCAAAGGAAGUGAAGGAGGCUGUGCGUGCCCCGGUCUUGGCCCCAAGCAAACCAAAGAGCCCUGAAGCAGGUGAAGCAGCAGCAAAGGUCGCCGAAAGUCCCGUGGUCGCCCCGCCGACGCCAGAAAAGAAACCCGCUGUGAAUGAAGAAAUGGAGGUCAGUGUGGAAGGCCAUAAGAGGAAGUCGGAGGGCGGUGAAGAAGCUCUGACCACGCCUGAGAAGAAGCCGCGCAUUGCGGAGAAGUGCCAGCAGCAGCAGCCGGCGUUUCGCGGCCAAACGCAGUCCUUUCCUGCUGCCGGGCCCCCGGUGCCACGCGUGCCCCCGCUCAAGAUUCCCGUUUCCCGAAUCUCCCCCAUGCCAUUUCCUGCGGGCCAGGUCUCUCCCAGGGUACGUUUCCCAGCCUCACUCAUCAGUCCGGCCAGAACAGGGGCCAGAACCUUGGCGGACAUCAAGGCCAAAGCCCAGCAGGUCAGGGCUCAGAGGGCAGCGGCCGCAGCAGCCGCCGCCGCCGCUUCUUCGGGGGGAGCAGUGCCAGGGCCGGGCCCCGGCGGGGGCCCAGCGGGCGGCGGAGGGACGGGUAACACAGCGACGAGUGGAGGCGGCGAAACUGGAACGCGAGGAAACGCACUGGAACUGGCAGGAACUGGAAGCGGGGGAGGUUCGAGAAGGUUUCUUCCACGCUGCCCAGGGACCCAUUCCCCAAUGGAGACUCAGGAGCAGCCGGCAACCCCCAGUCUUUCUAGAGCACAACUACAGCAAACUUCCACGUUGCAAUCCAGAAGUGCAGCUGGCAAUGCAGGCACCAACUGCUCCUCCCCAGCGGUAUCAGCGAUUGAGCAAAUCAGCAGAAUCAAACAGAGCCCCCCAAACGUGGCUGUAAAUCAGGUUUCGGGCUCCUCGUGUGCUGGUGGCUGUGACAAACAAGAGAAAGCACCUUCUGCUCCAGCAGGUCCCGGCCAGGCCUGCGGGGCAUCAACUGUCAGGGAUGGAACAACUUGUGUCACCGUGUCCUCAGCAGACAGCAAUGCCAACAUCACCAAGGUAACACCUGCGGCCUUAGGAGGGACCAGCUCAGAGGUCCCCAAAGGCACAUCUCCUUCCCCUCUGAUGCCUUUGCUGACCCCCACUAGCUCAGAAGCCCAGGCUGGAGGUGCGGUGGUGUCAGCUCCAUCUGCCCCAUGCUCCAUCACCUUGUCAGCAGCACCUAGCCUUAAAACCCAUCCGAGUUCAAGCGGGGCCCUCCCAAAAGCAAACUCCAGUAUUCCUGCCAACAACCCUUUAGUCACCCAACUUCUUCAAGGCAAGAGCGUUCCCCUGGAGCAAAUCCUGCCGAAGCCUCUCACCAAAGCAGAAAUGAAAACUGUCCCAUUAGCUUCUAAUGAAGAGAAAGGGGCAGCAAUUGUAGCAGGGAGUGGUGCUGGAGCCGAGGGCGGUGAAAGGCAGUCGGGGUUAUCCCCACAGCAGCUCGGGAAGAUCUUUUGCCAGAGCAGGCCUCUGCCUCACAUUCCAAGGACAUUUGUGCUCCCUGCAGGAAAGGAACCCAGUGCUGACCAGCACCCAGAGGCGCUCAGUAAAACAACGCAGGAGCAGAUCCUUCAGACGCUCAUCAAGAGGGUCCAGAGGCAGAAUUUGCUCCCGGUCCUUCAGCCUUCCCAAGUGAACCUCGCACACUCAGGUUUCCAGCUAGAAAACAGCUCCACCAGCCAGAGAUUUGUGCUGGGUUUCAUGGGCAGAAGGACAUCCAAACCCGCUAUGUCUGGUCAUUAUCUGCUCAACAUUUCCACCUACGGCCGUGGUUCAGAGAGUUUGAGGAGAGGUUUCUCCUUGAACCCUGAAACCCGCUCUUGUCUGAACAGCCCAGCCAGUGGUCCAAAAGCAGAAUUUGGGGAAUGUGAGGAGAUGGCUGGCCAUGGCAGCAGCAGCGAGGAAGGAGAUGCGGAUGAUGAGAGCACUGGUGAUGAACGCGAGCAUGUCAGCGUAAAAGAGGAGCCCCAGGCUUUCCAGGUGGCUGCUCCAUGUGAAAAAGAACAGGUAUCACACGGUGCAAAUUCCUCAGAUUACAGCAUCCUUGCUAAAAAGGGGAUGAAGACGGAAGCGGCCGUGUCUCAGCAGGCAGCCGGCAGCAGGGAGAACAUUCAGGAGUUGGAUGGAACGGCGUUAGCAGGAGAUUUUAUUCAGGCCGCUCAAGAGCAAAUGGUGCACACAGUGAAGGGAAAAACGCACAGCAGCCCUGAGCUCUUCAGCUCUUCUGCACCGUCCUCAGACUCUGCGCAGCCACAGCUUCCCCAGCUUUCUCACCCCCACCCUCCGAAGCUGGGAGGAGAUGCUGCGGCAGCGCAGCUCAUCGGGCCCAGCUACAGCGGCACAAUAAACGUCUCCACCUCCCCAGACGUGAACCAGGGCUCUCUCAUGAGCGGGCUCUCCGAGUGCAAUCAGUUGUCCAGUAGCAUGGGGAACGUCAUGUCCUUCUCUGUGACUGUAACCACCAUUCCCACCAGCCAAGCCAUGAACUCUGGCAGCCACGGCCAGACCAUCCCGGUUCAGGCCUUUGCUGAAGACAGCAGCAUGGAGGACUCCCCUUCCAAGUGUUACUGCAGGUUGAAAGCCAUGAUCAUGUGCAAGGGCUGCGGUGCCUUCUGCCAUGAUGACUGCAUUGGCCCCUCUAAGCUCUGUGUCUCCUGCCUGGUUGUGCGGUAACUGGGACGUGACGUGGGAAGAGGAAGGCUCCGUGUUGGGUUUGCUUUUGGAAGUACAUUGGGAAGAAACAGGAAAUUUACUGCCUUGCACAAGAAACACGUUACUGAAUCAGGAAUACAGAGUAGAGUUCUUCUUUCAUUAAAGAAAGAGCACCUUCUUGUACAGUGAGUCUAAAUUGAGCUCAACUACGUGAAUUGUGACAAGAGUUUGCACUUAAGGAAUUAUGUAAAUAUGUCACAUUAUUUUGUUUAAAAAUAUUUUUUCAAUCUUUUAGGAGAUAGCGUUUGACUUGUACUGCAGUUCCAUUAACCCUAGCCUGCUAUCCAGCGCGUUUGCUGAGCUCUGCUCUAGAUGGGGUAACAGUCCCCCAACGAAACCUCAGCUGUUGGUCUUCUCUUGGCAAGGAGAGGAGCCAGGCAAUCAAGGCACGAAAUGUCUGUGCUGACAGAGCCCCGCAGCCCCUCAGCGGGCUGCUGAGUUGCUCUGAACUUCAGAUUGAUCAGAAUUGGAAGCCGCUGACGUUCAUCACCCAUGGCAUGGCCGUUCCCAGAAGGCCAUGCUGGGUUGUGCAAUAUUGGCUGGUGGUUUUGAUUGCAUAUCCUCUCCUCUCCAAGGAGUCAGUUGCAGUAACCUUAUUUUAAGGGUGGUAAUAUCUUGGUUUGCUGCUGAAAAAGGCAACUCUACUAACCAUAGGAUACCAGAAUUUAAAUCACUAAACCAACUCAGUAACUGUGAUGAUCGGUCAUCCCAGGAACCAUUUAAAGCAGAGAUCACAAAGAUGUGCUGAACUGCAUUUCAUUUCCGGACUGUCAGGACUCAGCAGAAACCUGCUUUAUUAGGCAUUAUUUCAAGUGAGCUGGAAGGUGCCAUCCCCACCACUGAGAACCAUCACAGCACAUUAUGCAAGUGAAGUGCACUAAAUGUCACCCUCUGUCCUACUGUUUUCUAGGAAGCUUACUGUGGCUCAUUAAAAACUCCACGUAGUCAGACUUCUCUCAUUUCUAUAGAUUUUAUAUUAAGCUAAGAGUGGAAAACAAGCCUCUCGUUGGGCCUCACUGGUGUCUGGGCAUCUCCAUGUCUUUGAAAAACCAAAUUGCCCCAACUGCUGGUUGCGCUCUGUUGUGGCCCAGCGCCGGUGUUCGCAAUCCGUUCUUUCCAAUCAAUCCAAAUUAACAGUUACAAACUGGUACUGUAUGGUACUCAACAACUGCAAUUUUCCACAGGCUGGCUGAUAGAACAUACUCCAGUCUGCAUUGUGAUGCAGUGCAACGAGCAUGCAUCGCAUGGAGGAGCUGUAGGUUACUUCUCUUCCCAGAAAACGUCAGGUUCACAUCUAGUCCCAUGUUGUCACUGUUGGGGGAGGGAGGGGGGCCAUACGAGAUCUUGGUCAGGUAACAAAUCCAUGUAUCUUUUUGAUGGAAAAGCACUGAAUUCACUUUGAAUCCAAAGGCCUUUUUAAGAUGAAGCAAUAUUAAUGAAAGAGGUGACGGCUGUUUUAUGAGCUGGGGUCCGAAAGCCUUUUUCCUUCUUUCCAUUUGACUGCACUGCUGCUUUCCCCGUUUCCCACACGUGGGAGCACUGAGUGUUUCUGCAGGGAGAGUAAUGAUACAGAGAGUUGCAGGCUUAAUCACUUGGCAGAGAAAUGUUUCCUUCCCUGUCCAACAGAGCGUGGUAUCCUCCAACGCAGGAUCAGCACGUCCUGGGAUUUGAUUUGCUCACCAUACAUUGACUGGGGACCCCUGCUUUCUAACUCCACAUCACUUCUUAGGCAUCCAACAGUGGAAAGGAUUUAACUAUAGGAGUACAGCCAGGGUUGGUUUUUUUUGAAACCACUUAAAUCUCAAAAAAAAACUAGCCCUGGUUGUUCUGUUGUGCUGCACAAGCGUUGGCCACGGCUGUAGCCCCAUGGCUUUGGGAGCCCACCAGAGGGACGGCUGCUUCUCUGGGCUGGCUGCUAUGGAAGCACUGACUUGGCCGCCUCGCUGCCCGCAUCCCUCCUUCCUUUCCAGUGGGCAUCUCUCCAUCGUUGGAAUUCGCAGGGCGCUGUGAAGGAGGUCCAUGUGGCACCCGGGCAGAGUAGCAUCUUCCCUUGCCUUGUUAACUCGAGCCCUGAAGGGAAGCAUUACGGCCAUGCGAUCCUCCGUGAGACACAUUAAUUCCCUUCUAAUGCGGAUCCCCCAGCGUAACCCAGCCUGAAGGCUGUAGCUAGUUACAAAAGAAACUGAAAAAGUCACUUCUGCCUCAAAUAAAAGCCAGGAGGUUUUGCUGGCGAAAUGGGAUCGAUUCUGUUCAUGCCUCAAUGUUCAUCAAUAACUCUUCAUAGCCAACAAGGCUGCUGCAGACAGGGAAGGGGAGGUGCUGAGGGAGCAGCACGCAUUGCUGCCUUGUGUGAGCAUCCACACGUUCUCAGCAUUGCCUAAAGCCACCCCGACCCCCUCUGCAGCUCCAGCUCCUCGCUGCCUUUAUGUUUGGCAGGAGUUCCUCUGCAGCACACAGUUGGGUUUCUGCAACACGUACAGCAAUAGGAACCGAGUGGAGCUGGGCCAGGUUUGGGCACAGGGUGACCACUGGGAUAUGUGGGGCUGCCAGGCUGGAUGGGAAAAGCAGGCAUCUCAUGCCACAACUUGGAAGUUUACAAGCAUUCAGUGCCUUAGUUCUAUUUUAACAGAGGAGUGCUUUUCCUGGGCUACUUCUGCUCUAUUCCUUUUUCAGACAGUAAAUUCUUUUCCCUGCUUGUCUUUGGUUUUACCAUACGCUAUGAGCUGCUAGGUGGAACCCGAUGGAGUAACGUCUACAGGAUUGCAGGAGGGCAUGAAGUAGUCAGGAAGUGAUUAGGAAUAACAGAGCUCAGUAUAAUAACCAACAGAAGCACAGGUCUGCCUGAAGCCUUGAAAGCUUUGCAUGUUUCACAGUGCUGGUUGUUGAAUAACGUGAUCUAGAAAGGGAACAUCCUGCAGCCCGUGUAGCAGUGCUCCCUGCUGGCCUCACCUGUGUUAAACAUAGUUUAAAACAACAGACUUUGGAGCCCAGAUAUUAAGUAAUGGCAUUCUGUAGGAAAUGCCAUCGUUUUGCUGGGCACGGUAAUGAUGAGGUGAUGGUUGGAUUUGAUAUCAUAGAGGUCUUCUCCAACCUUAAUGAUUUUAUGAUUCUAUAACAAAUAAGAUCUAAUAGUAAAUAUUUUACCAAGUCUAACAUCAGACUCUUUGUGGCAGUAGAAGCAGCUUAAGUAGGAAGAGAGGCUCAGGUUUAUAUUUUCCCUCUUGAGCAGCAAUCCAAGUCCUGCAGCAUGAGAACUAGAAAUACAAACUGAGCAAUGGAAUUUAACCUUCCGGUGCAAAAAAGAACCCCGCCUUGUUCAAGCUGUUUUAAUGGAGGAGUGAAUGCAACUCCACAGAUGAGCUAAGGCUGCGGGAUACGGUUUGGUAGCACAGGGAAGGAAAUUUGUGUGGAAUUCUGAUGCCCUUCUUAAAUCAAAAGGAAAAGACCGAGGUGCUGAGCAGCUGCACGGUCAGUGGAGUUGUGUAGUGCACGGUGUUGGGUCACAGCUGGGAGGGGAGCCCUCAGGUUGGGACUGAGGGGGGACCUUCGUGUGCUGGGGCUGCGUCCUGCCCAGCGGGAGCUGCCACGGUCAGGCAGGGCGCUGGCUCUUCUGUGCCAACCAUGCCCAGUCCAGCGCUGGUUUUUGAGCUGCAGAUCGGCUCCUGCUGAAGGAAAUUUGGGGUUUUGUUCAGGGAAGUGCCCAGAAGACCAGUGGUCGCUGUGUGUUGGCUGCUUGAAGCCCUGCGGAGGCUCCUGUCUUCUCCAUGGGAUGAGCUCAGCUGUCCAAAGCCCCCACCAUGCAGUCAUGGCUGAGUCAGCCCAGGAGCGUGCUGGGCUCUGCCCAGGGCUUUCAGCUUCCCAAAUCCCACUGUGGCUGUGCAGGAGGCUGCAGGGAGUCCCUCCGUGGGGUUGCCAGUUCCAUCGUUGUGGCAACGGAGUCCAACCAGGGGAGCAUCUCAGGCGCGUGCUGCGAUCACGACAUCCGCAGUUCUGUUCCUUAACUGGGGUUGUUUGUUUGUUUUUUUUUUAAUGCUAUACAUUUGAUAUAACUGAAGAUCAAUUUUAAGAGCUUACAGUAAUAUAUUUUAAGUAAUAUAUAUUUUAGUAUCUGUAAAAAAAAAAAAAAAGAAGAUAAAAAAAAGACAAAGGAUGAUUUAUGAACUAGAUGAGCAGGGUAUGGAGAGCGUGCAGUUUCUCAGCAAGGCCAUGGAGUUUCACUGGCAGGAGAACUGGAAAGAUUCCGUUUUGUCCAUUGAUGCAAUAAAUGUGGGAGUUCUUAGAGAAGAAAUCCAAUACUGUUUACCACGAGCUUUUCUGGUUUUGACAACAGGCCUGUAAACGCAGCUAGAAGAUGCUGAACCUUUGUCUGUCUUUCGCCUUUUUAAAAGGGACUUAAAUUGGAAUAGAGGGUAUGUACAGAAAAAUCGAGUUGACACCAUUUUAAAAUGUAUUUUUACACAAAUAAUAUAGAAAAAUCAUAUUUUACGUAAGAAUUUUAAGUAUUUGAAAUAUGUAUAUAUAUACUGUAUGUACUUCAUAUAUUCUUUAUUUUACAUUUACAGUGUAUUAAAAAGUAUUUGAGCUGGUUGGAUUUGAGCAUGUAAUAAUGUUAAAAGGGCAAAAAAGAAAAGAGGGAGGGAGGACACGAGGAGGGAGGCCGCAGGGAAAGCAGGAGUUCAGCACUGAAGGAGUCUGGAAGAGUUUUGCAGCUUCAGAUGGAGCGUACAGAACCUUUUCAUCCUGUGUCCUUUUGUGUUCCAUCGGUGUCUGUUCCUUUUGCCUCACAGCCACCCAGCAGAACCCACGGUGAGGAGACAAGUUGAGGUGGAUCCCUUCCAUAAGCAGUGCUACCUUCGUAGCCAAAGAGACACACUGGUCCAGAAGCUGCUCAACCAAAAGAGAAUCCGAAGCGGCUCAGUAUUGCUGUGCCGUUGGAAUGGUGAUCAGUAGCUCAAUUGCUGUGUGAGCACCUUAGGGUGCUGAUGGGGAAUUCAAACAACAUACCAAAAACCCAACCAUUUUGAGGGAGCACUGUCAAAGCAGAUUGGUCUUGCUGUUUGUAGGAAUUGGGGUGAAAGUCUCACUGUAGGGGACGAUACAUCCUUGCAGCUAUUGGGAGCAGAGUGAAUCCAUUUGGCUGCACUGGAAUCCUCAAGAUGUCCCCAGAUGGCAGAGGCCACUACUGCCCAUGCCAGGCUGGAUGUGGCUCUGUGCAGCCUGGUCUGGUGGUUGGCAGCCCUGCUCUUAACAAGGGGUUGAAACUCGAUGAUCACUGUGGUCCUUUUCAACCCAGGCCAUUCUACAAUUCUAUGGUAAGAUUCUGUGGGGCGUCCCCUAAGGCAGGGACAAGCAGGGCAUUGCAGCGUGCUCUGCAGGCUGAGAUCUGCAGCCCACACAGCUGCUGGCCCCAAUGCUGCACACAAAUUUGCCAUGGAGAUGAGGGUAGAAAUGGCUCCCUGUCUUGUCCCAUCUGUGCAAUGCCCAUUUGGGUUAGAUGAACCUCCGGUGACAUUUAUACCACUCGUUCCUGCAACUCCUGUAUAUAAAUUGGAGGUGAUUAAAAGAAAUCUCUGUUGCUGGGAGUUACAGCGAAGGUAAAAAUGUGGGCAAAGAAGAAUGAUUGACAAGUCAGGUUUUAAAGUACAAAUCUGAAAACUGAAAAGGUGGGCAACUGGUAUUUUUAUGCCACAUCAGCAGUCAUUGGAAUCUCUUGGAAACAAGAGGAUGGAACCCAGGAUUUUGUCAAAAAUUGCUGUCUGCACAUUGGUGGGGUUUUCACUCUCAACAGCUGUACCCCACUGGUGGGUGUGCAUGUAGGGGCUGUGCAGAUGUGUAUCUGUACAGGUGUGCACGGCUGCAUUGGCCACGUGUAUGUAGGAAGACCAGCUCCACCUCAGCCUUGUGCUGCCGUUACACCUUGGGACUUGAGAUGGAAUUAGGGCUGCUUUACAUUUGUUUUCAUAUGUAAGAUAUAUGGGGUAGACAAAAUAAAUACUAGUGGUGUAUGUUUCGAUCUGCUGCACUUUGACAAACAAACAACAUUCCUUCUUCCCCUGGUACUGCUGCAUCUCCCAUUCCUCCCUACCCUGAUUUCAACCUUACCCAGCCGGUCUCCUGUCCCGUUCGGUUAGCAGAGGCUGCACUGUGCAUUGCUCAGGGCAGGGCUGUGCUCUUAGCCCACCUGUGGCUGUGAUGUGGAAGGUGUUGUCCCAUCGUCGGGAGCAGCAGGGACAGAGGUUCUGGGUACAAUCCUUUAUUGUGUGCCUGGAGGUGUGCAAGGGAUGUGCCUGCCAGCAGUCACCCUCGCUGAUGGCUGGCAGCUCCCUUCCUUUGCCCUAAAUGUGUGCAGCCACGAGUCCUCACCCUGCUCCUGUCUGCUUGAAAAGUCCAAUUUCAGUUACAAAUCCGGCAAUUGAGAGGAAAAAAAAAAGGGGGGGGGGGUUAAGUAAUGUAAGCUGUAGGCAUUUAAAACCGUGUGGGCCAUUCCUGCAAAGGAGCAAGAAGGCAGGGACAGACGUGUCUGUCGUGCUGCAGCCGUGCCUCUUGGCCAACGGUGUUCCCUCAACACGUUGUCCCUCAUUUUGCUGUGUAAGCUUCCACCGUAGCUUCUCAGCAGCAUUAAGAGGGAUCAGAGGAGUGCUAAGAACAGCCAGUUUCUAACCUGUCACUUGAUCAGUGCCCACAGGAGGUAGCACUUGGACAAGCAAAAGCCUGCCCCAUGGCUUCUGUCUGACUGCAGAUUCCGUUCCUUUCCCUCUCACUUCUUUCUGUCGUGUAAAACUACCUGCUUUAUAAAUGAAUGUAAAAUUCCGUAGUUCUUCAGCACAUGGGCAAAUCUGUAUUUUAUCUUCAUGUUUCAUUUUAUGUUAAAUAAAAGGCGUAUGGUUUUAUGGCCA